UUGUUGUGGAAAUACCGUGGAACUGAAACAGCCAACUGUGCAGAUCAGGAACAAGGAAGAAACAUCGCUACUAGCAAGAAUGAAUCUUUGAAGCAUGUGGUGUCAGCGGUAGGUAACAAGCUGAAAGGUUGAACUAGUUACGGACCUCUCGUUGCUUCGGAACGAAAGCUUGGUCUGGAACAGUAAAGCCGGUGGCGCGAGCUGUCGCGAUGUUGUGAACGAUGGACAGCAGAAUAAACGAGUUUCCCGAGAGGACGUUUGAUUUGGUGCUACAGGUUGCAUGCCCAACAUCUGAAAAUGAAGAUCCUACGGUGCGGUGGAGCUUCCCCCAGGACUACACAGACCAGGAGGUUCUCCAGACGGUGCCCAAGUUCUGCUUCCCCUUCGAUGUGGAGAGGGUUUCCCAGAGUCCGGUGGGCCAGAACUUCACCUUUGUGCUGACGGACAUCGAGAGCAAGCAGAGGUUUGGCUUCUGCAGACUCACGUCCGGCUGCCGUGUCUGUAUCUGUCUGCUCAGUUAUCUGCCCUGGUUUGAGAUCUAUUACAAGCUCCUGAACACGCUAGCAGAUUACCUAACCACAAACCAGGAGAAUGAGCUGAAUGACAUGCUGAACUCUCUGUACAGUCUGCCGGUGCCAAAGCCUUUCACCCCCGUCAACCUGAGUGUGACCGCACUGUUGCAUAUAGCCACUGGGCAAGUACUGAAAGAUGCACCAAGCCAGCAGCCGCACUCCUACUUCAUAACACCAGAUAUCAAUGGCCUGCCCACCAUCCCAGAGAGUAGGAACCUGACAGAGUAUUUUGUGGCGGUGGACGUCAACAACAUGCUACAGCUGUACGCCAGCAUGCUGCAUGAACGACGCAUUAUCAUUACCUCAAGCAAGCUAAGCACUUUAACAGCGUGUGUCCACGGUUCAGCUGCCAUGUUGUACCCCAUGUACUGGCAACACAUCUACAUCCCUGUACUGCCUCCACAUCUUCUGGACUACUGCUGUGCCCCCAUGCCAUACCUGGUAGGAGUUCAUCUCAGCCUGCUCGAGAGAGUGCGUAGCAGGUCGUUGGAGGAUGUAGUGAUACUAAACGUUGACACCAACACACUAGAGAGUCCCCAGAAUGACCUGCAGAACCUGCCCAGUGACGUGCUCCACUCUCUGAAGAGUAAGCUGAAGAAGCAGUCGACAGCAACAGGAAGUGGAGUAGCGAGGUCCUUCCUCCGAGCUCAGGCUGCUUUGUUUGGAUCCUACAGAGACGCCCUCCGAUACAAACCUGGGGAACCAAUCACAUUCUGCGAGGAGAGUUUUGUGGCUCACCGCUCCAGCACCAUGAAACACUUCCUGGAGAUGGCUGUCAACCUGCAGCUCUUCAAACAGUUUAUUGACGGCCGUCUGGCCAAGCUGAAUACGGGAAGGGGCUUCACUGACCUGUUCGAGGAGGAGAUCACUGAGGGAGGUUUCUGUGGAAGUAAUUCCAAGUCUUAUCAACAGUGGGUGCACACCGUCAAGAGAGGCGGAGCGCUGAUCAACACUGCGGUGACCAAGGCCAAGAGUCAUGCCAAGAGGGGCAUUCGCAGGCUUAAACAAAGGGAAGAGGAGGAGGGUAGACCGAUCUGUUCAGGGUCUCCCACCAGCACCAAGAGUCUUUCUCCACGCAGAAUGGAGAAGAAGAGACAGCAUUAUGACACCAAGUGUCCCAUGGGAUGUCCUGACUUUGCCAUCGAUGGCGAUGAAGAGGACACUGCUAACAAGAUCUCGUCUGAGGACAGUGUGGAGGUGGCAUCUUACACAGAGGACAGCGACGAAUCCUAUUCGUUGGAGCUGGACACAGACUCCUCCCACACGGGCCAGAUGAACCUAUUGGAGGAGAUCCUGGACUCUCUGAGCACCACCAGCACAGAGCACGGCAAACUCAGCGCCGCCAAGAGCCUGGACUUCAGUUCAAUGGACAACAUCAACUACAAGGCAACGAACACGUCCAACCCUGUCAGUGAGAGCAACCUGCCCCAGGUGUGUACUAGUGGCAGUGGUGUGGUGGGGAGAGGAGGUGUUGGAGGAGGAGAACAGGGAGGGGGCUGGCAGGAUGAUGGUGCCCUCCACGGGAAGCACCUGCCCCCCUCCCCACGUAGACAGCCCGGCAAGAUGAGCCUCAAGAGGCAGAAGCAUAUCCUCUCAACAUCCUCUCCACCCGUAAUAGCUCCAGCCUCAGAGCAGGACAACCAGGUCCCCAAUCUCCAGCCCAAGACCCAGGCCCCUCAGACCAAGGCCCAGCAUAAAAUCCAACCUAAUCACCAGGCCCUUUAUGACACACCCGCUAUCUGUCUCUCUCAGCUCUGUCCAGAGGCGUCUUCGCUCCCCACACCUCCAUCACCAUCCCUGGGAGACCACCACAUCUCAUUCAACCGGUCUCCAUCACCAUCCCUGGGAGACCACCACAUCUCAUCCAACCGAUCUCCAGCACCAUCCCUGGGAGACCACCACAUCUCAUCCAACCGGUCUCCAGCACCAACUCGUGCCUCCACAUGCAAUCCUCCACUGGCAACACACACACCACCGCUAACCCACACUAGAGAGUCCCCAAACCCCCAGUUGCUCAGCCCUGAGUCCAAACCCCAGACCACCUCCAGCAUCCUGCGGAGGAAGGUGCUGUCCAAGGAAACGAUGAGGCAGUACCAGGACAAGAGUCUCCAGAGUCAGGGCAGCAAGAACCGAGAGAGUCUGGGGAAGGCCAGGCAGCCUUCAGUGCUGGUGCCCUGGGAGAGAGAGAGCCCAGAGGAGAUGGGUCAGGAAGAGCAGCUGGGGCAAGAACAGGACAGGGUCUCGGGGGCAGAUGUCCAGGAGAAAGGACUUCUGGAGGAGAUAGAUUCCAUGUGUCAUCUCGGCUCAGACUUUCAGACCAGCCUACAACUGUCCCAGGUCAACUGCAAAAACAACAACACACAUGCUAAUACCCAUUACAACAACCACAGCCACAGCAAAGCCACAGACAAGUCUUGAGACAGAAGCAGGGACAGGGACAAGGAACAGGAGUGGUUGAGGUAGAAGUUGCCUCUAACCACAGAUCUACAAUCAGACUGCCCUCCUCAAAUCCUAACCACUGAGGGAAGAAAUGCAAAAACAGACCUUGGACCGCAGGAAGUCAAAAACAGACCAGGAAGUCGCCGUGACACUGCCAGGCAACUGGAGAUGAUGCGUGUGUUCGCCCUGAUACGACUCUUUGACUUACCCUUGUUUUUAUCCCCUCUUCCUGCCAAGUUUAGGGGUCUGAGUUGAAGACCGGUCAUCUUGGUUCUCUUUCUAACCUGCUACAGAAUUCAAACAAACCGUCUAAUAAAUGAAACAAAGACUUACCACGUAAACAAAGACUGACCGUGUAAACAAACUGACCGUGUAAACAAACUGACCGUGUAAACAAAGACUUACCACGUAAACAAAGACUGACCGUGUAAACACAGACUGACCGUGUAAACACAGACUGACCGUGUAAACACAGACUGACCGUGUAAACAAAGGGAAAAUAUGUGGUGGAUUUUAACUCACGUGAAAUGGUACAUAUUACUCAUUUACAUGGUACUAAAAGAUGUGUGUUUUAGUUAAUAGAGAAGACAUUUAGUUUCCCUCAGAUCUGAAAGUAUUGUAAAGACACAAAGUAACCCCCACCCCCGACCUAAGUAACAGUUCCGUUGUAUAGUUGCCUAACACGAUGCCUUAAACAGAGCUGUGAUUUGCUUUUGGCACGGCUCAGUCUUAAAAUGUCUAAUAUAUAUUUAUAGCUGUUACUUUUGGAAAUGUUUGAUCUGCUUAGAUCCACUGUCACAUGUCAUGAAUGUGGAAAAAUGGACAGCUUUUUCACCGCACGUAAAGAUAGUCAAGGUAGUUUAAUAUAUGUUGCUCCAUUUAGUCUCUUUAGAGAUGUAUGGUUCUCAGGAUGCUCCUGUUAGUCAGGACAUAAAGGAGAAGAGGAGCUGUGUAAACCCAUGAUAGGAAUAAAUAGACAAUCCUUUCUCUCCAUCUCUCUCUCCAUCUCUCUCUCUGUUUCUCUCCCUCUCUCUCUGUUUCUCUCCAUCUCUCUCUCUGUUUCUCUCUAUCUCUCUCUCUGUUUCUCUCCCUCUCUCUCUGUUUCUCUCCAUCUCUCUCUCUGUUUCUCUCUAUCUCUCUUUCUGUUUCUCUCCAUCUCUCUCUGUUUCUCUCCAUCUCUCUCUCUGUUUCUCUCCAUCUCUCUCUCCGUUUCUCUCCAUCUCUCUUUCUGUUUCUCUCCCUCUCUCUCUGUUUCUCUCCAUCUCUCUCUCUGUUUCUCUCCAUCUCUCUCUCUGUUUCUCUCCAUCUCUCUUUCUGUUUCUCUAUGUCUCUCUUUGUUUCUCUCCUUCUCUCCACUUCUUCCUGCUCGCCUUCAUUCACCUUUCCUUGCUCACCAUCUUAUUACAUAUCUUUCCAUUCUCCUCUCUCUUCCGUCCUUCCCCCUGGUUUUUGGUGCUGACAGCUAAAAUGGAGGCUGACAGCUAAAAUGGAGGCUGACAGCUAAAAUGGAGGCUGGCAGCUAAAAUGGAGGCUGGCAGCUAAAAUGGAGGCUGGCAGCUAAAAUGGAGGCUGGCAGCUAAAAUGGAGGCUGGCAGCUAAAAUGGAGGCCAGUAGAGUUGAGUGCUUUAGGUGGAGUGAGAUUUCACAAACUAAAAUCGUUGCUAUGUGCGCACACCAAAUGAAAUGCAAGCUUUCUCCUUAACACUGAGGUGACGCUUUCACACUGUGUUUUACCAGAAGGCUUGAGAUGAUUGUAGAAGGAUAACGAAGCAAUACGGCUCUCUUCAGAGAGUAUGGACAGAUGUCUGAAGUGAUUUAAAAAAAAAAAAAUCUCCCAUGGAGAGAAUGCAAGCCCUUUGGGUAAUGUCCAGAGGUUGUGACCACUCACUAUAUUACCACUAUAGUACAUACAGACAGAAGGAAUUAUUUUCCAGUGCUUGUUUGUGGUCAUGUUAUGAUGAUGAGUUUAGCCAGUUUUCUCUAGUGCUGUUGGGUGUGCCAGUUUAGCGGUAGCUCCCUCCCUGACUGCUGGGCUGUGCUGACGAUGAGGCUGUAAAGUGUUCGCCGUGGUUCUGAGAAGUCCCUCGUCUCAGCUAUUCAUUUGGAUUUGAAAGGGCCUGUGUACAAUUUGUUGGCCUGUUUUAUUUCACUCCCCAAAAUAUUACCUAUUUGGACAGUUUUGAAGUUUGAAAGCUGUCAAUAUACUAUGCAAAAAAAACAAAAAAAAACAUUUAAAGUUUCCAAAUUCUGAAUAGAUUUUUACUUUACCACUAUUCCUGAAUUGUAAUCAGAUCAGAUGAUUGAUAAUCAUAUUUGUAAAUCCAUUGAUUAACUGAUGGUUUCAUUAGAUCGUCUGUCAUUUGGCCAAAAUGCGUGUUUGUGUGUAAGAAUGAAGGGCGUGCCUUACAGUAUAUGAGUAAUACUCCGUGUGGUCAACACAAGGUGUUCGGGAGAAAAUGCCAUUGUUAAUGUGUCUUUAAGCUGCUAUAUGUAACUUUUUGGGUGACCUGACAAAUUUCAGAGUUAUAGAUCUGUCGUUCUCAUUGAAAGCCAGUCUUAGAAGCGGUAGAUCUGUUCUAUGUGCUCUAUUUCUAUGCUUAGUUUAUGGGUCUUUUACUUUUUCAAUUUUGUACACCAGCUUCAAACAGCUGAAAAUAAAUUUUUUUGGUUAUUGAAAAGAUAUUUCACAGCGGUUUAGAUGGUAUGAUGAUUCUCUAUACAAUACUUGGUUGUUUUGUCAUGAACUGUUAGAAUUUUAGGAACCAGGAAAUGGAGGAAUGAUUUCCGCGUAGUGGAUCUUUUAAAAGAGGUCAAGUCCUCUCAACAUUUCAAUAGCUGUUGUCUGCAGUGUUUCUGCAUGUAAAACCACUGGCCCACUCGGUGAUGAGACUCAGAGAUUAAACCACAUCCUUAAAUGUAUGUUGUUAGUUCUUUAACCUAUGAAACAUAGAGUCUAGUAGAUCAAAUAGGUUGAAAUGUCAUUCUAUCUCUGUUUUCCAUGUUUAUAAACAAGCUUAGCUUACUGUGUGUGCUGGUAGUGUUUUUCUCUUUGCUAGUAUUUCAAUGAUCUUUCUGACUGAGUUCACAAAAUAGAGAAUGAUCUUGCUAUUUCUUUGUUGGAAGAUGUUCUCUGUGUAGUUCUAUUUCAAGCUUUGUUUCAGAAUGAUGAAAUAUUAUUUUAAAUGAUUGGACAUGUUUUUUUCCCCUGAUUACAGUAUUUUAAAAUGAGCCUGAUAAUAUAUAGUAUAUUGUAUCAUGAUUCACAGAACAAACACCUAAAAUGUUAUUGUUGUUAGAUCUUAUUUUGGGGGAAAGAGGCGUUUUUGUAUAAUUUAAAACAAGGUGUUAAAAACUCAAACCAUUUUCCAUCCAGUCACUCACUAAAGCAUGUUACAGUAUUUCAGUUCAUGAGGUGGCAGAAAUUCUUGCAAUUAAUUGACUUUAUUUUUCAGUUUUUUGUUAUACAUGUAUAUAUGAAUGAUGUCUUUUUAAAUUCAAAAUGUUUUAAUUUUUUUCCCUUCAAAAUAUUACCCGAGCUCUGCUAAUCUUAUUUAGUUGUUGAAUGGUUCUUUUCUUCUUCUUUUUGUUUGUUAAUCAAAUCUAAUGGAGAGAAAGAAAGACGGUUGUCAGGUCCGGUAGUAUUGUCCAAUAUCCUUGCCUUGCAAACAUGGUGUUGAAAUACUGUACUUAGUAGUUAUUUUAUUAUCAAACUGAAUUUAUUUCUCAUGUACUCCAUGACUACUGUAUUUAACUGCUGUGGAUUGUGAUUGGUUUACUUGAGCUUGUCUUCCUAACACAGUCGGCAAGGAAUCCUGUGUGGCUGAUUAUCAGUGUACUGAGCAGCUGGUAUUUGUAUGACUGAAUGUCUGGUGACUGUCUCACUACUUACAUGCUGAUGCAGAAGAAAACAGGAUAAAAGCUGACAGCUUCUAUUCUCUUAUGAUUACAUUUUCCCCUUUUCCUAAUACCCAUGUGGUAUUAAAGAUCAAAACCACUGAUUGUCAAGAAAACUAACGGAGGCAUAUCGCUUGUCUUGUAAAACAUCCAUUUGGUGACUGACAGUAUUGAGAGGGACACAGUUCAUUCAUUCACCUUGUUCACUGGUCCCUAGACAUGGUACUGUAAUGAUUUGAAUAUGCCGUGUAUAACCUACUGAAGUCUAGUGUGUACAAACUUACUUGACAUGGUACUGUAACUUACUUGUAUGUUCUCAAUGCAGAGAAGAAAACAACAUAUAGGUGAAUUUAACAUGCUGUGGACUGAGUGGUGCAACUCUACCCACUGUAUCCACUGUGAACUUAAACAUUCAUUAUGUUCAUGUAUAUGCAACAUUUUCCUGUAUUCCAUUUUCAAGUCUAUCUCAAUAAACAAUAAUACGAAAGAU